UUUACACAACAGAGUAUCGUUAACCGAAGCCGCUUAACAAGAGAGGUCUAGAGGGCGGAAAAAAACUACAUUUCCCUUCUGUCUAUUCCGUGUACGUCAUCACAUUUCGACACAUUUGGCGGUCUCGUUCCGUGUGUCGGACAGUCGGUGAAGUACAGUGAGUGGAUUGUUCACAGUUUCUUGUAGUCUUUUCGUUCUCUGCUGAAAAUCAUCGCUAUUAUUUUGACUUUAGGGAUUUCAAUUAAAAUGAAAACGAUGUCAAUUCAGUACGACAUCUUGUCACGCCUUACAUUUACUCAGGGUCUGUCAACGAACGCAUGGAAAACAGUGCAAGACUUCGAAUCACCGCGCAUGCACGAACUCUCAAGUCUGUCUCAAUGGAAUUCACAUUUGAGAUUUAAGUGUUUUUGCUGUCGCGCGAACUUUUGAACCAGUAUUUCUGGUCUUUUAUGUGACAUGGAGGAACAAAAGGGGGAGGUAAACCCUGAUACAGACGACCUUCCACUUUGUGCCAAUACUAGCCACAUUCUAGUAAAGCACUAUGCUCUUGACUUAACUGUUCAUUUCGACAGGAAUGUCAUUAGUGGUAGUGUGGUUUUGUUCCUGGAACCUACUUCUUCCGAAAAGCCCGAGGAAUAUGAUGGGAACCAGACUGCUUGGUUUGGAAACACUGAACAACGUUCAAGUGAUCUUCCAGGGGUCAGGAUGGCAGCCGAUCAUAUCAAGUCCUCACCCGAAGGUCAUUUUUUCUUGGUGCUGGACUGCUGUGACAUCACAGUAUCAAAGGUGGAGCACGUGGACAUCACAUGCUUGUUGGACGCCUUUCCUGGUGUGCAACCCCCUGACCUCAUCCAAAAGUUGGUCACCCUGCCUUCUUCUCAGUGGAGGCGGCAGCAGGAGCUCUUCUCAGUGUGUAGCCGUGCCCCUGGUGUUGAGCAGAAUGGCGACCAACUCCAUUUUCACACCGACCGCUGGAGCCUACAGGUGUGGAAACAGGGGGUCUUCUCCCCACGGGAGUUCCCCCGGACCCUCAGGAUUUGCUACGAGACGAAGCCUACUGGGGGCUCCGUGAGGUGGACCAAAGACCAGCAUAACAUGGACUGCGUGUACACCGCUGGCUCGCCUCUCAACAACCGAGCCCUCUUCCCCUGCCAGGAACCGCCUGUUGCCAUGUCAACGUGGCAGGCCAGCGUGCGGGCCCCCCGCGACUGUGUGGUCUUGAUGAGCGGGGAGGAGCAGAUUGCACCUACUGAGGAUGGGGACCCAAACUUGUUGCUGUGGAAUUACUACGUCACAAUGCCCAUGCCGGCCUCCACCUUCACCUUGGCAGUGGGCCGCUGGCAACAAGUCCCUGCUCAACUUCUUCCUGCGAGUGAAAUUGGGCGGAGGGAAAAGGGCGAUGAUUUUGGGGAGUUUGUCCCCGUGUCCUCACUCGGAGGUUCAAGCAGUAAAGUAGUAAAAGCCUCCAAGCUCCACACUGGCAGGGAAGAGCUGACCGCCUGCUUGGGCUCGUCCUCUCACCACGAGAGCGUUUCUGUGUCCGACCAUUCAGCCAUGUUGGAUGACGGCUUCCCUUGUUCCCAUGGCGACUACCCUUGCCGGUUCAUCGAGCGCGCCGCGAAGUCACAGCGUGUGAUCCCGCACCGUGUGUUUGCGCCCGUUGGGCUGCUGCAGAAGGCGCAGAGCAGAAUCCUCGCCCUGUUGCCGCAAUGUUUAGCCGCAGCCCAGGCAGUUCUGGGAGUUCAUCCUUUCCCCCGCCUUGAUGUUCUCAUCGUGCCAGCAGGGUUUUCCAGUCUGGGCAUGGCCAGCCCCCACAUCAUUUUCCUGUCUCAGAGUGUGCUGCAUGUCGGCAGCUCAUUUCCGAGGGAAAACAGCCUGUCCUUGUGCGGGUCCAGGAUGUGCCACGAGAUUGCCCACUCCUGGUUCGGCCUGCUCAUCGGGGCCAGAGACUGGACAGAGGAAUGGAUCAGCGAGGGUUUCGCCACCUACCUCGAGGACAUUAUCUGGGCCCGAGCACAGCAACUUUCUCUGCCGGAAGCGACAGAACUGUCCGAAUUGAAGGCGCUGCUGAGGUGGAGAAGACUGUCUGACGAGUUGCAAAAUUCAGGAGAGGAACUUCAAAUUCUCAGACCCAACAUGGACAAAACAGGCCAAGUCAGUGAGUCGGGCUCCUCCACAGUAAAACAUGCCCUCAACCCAGAAAAACCCUUCCUGCAAGUCCACUACCUCAAGGGCUACUUCCUCCUCAUGUUCUUGGCGAGUCAAGUGGGAGAGCAACAAUUUAUUCACUUCUUCAGAUUAUUUGUGAAGAAAUACCACGGGCAACUCAUUUUAUCUCAGGAUUUCCUGCAAAUGCUGUUUUCCACCUUUCCUGACCUUGCGAGAAAAGGCCUAACCCUCGCCACUAUUUAUGCCGAUUGGCUGGAUCGACCAGGAGUUCCCAAGUGGCUGCACGAAAGGAGCGCUCUGUGGUCUGAGGCGAAGCUAGUGGAGGAAGUCAAGCAGGAGUCUCCCAGAGGAGCGCCUACCGCUUGUGCAUCUGUUGCUUUGCUGUUCAGUCCGUGCCUCCUAUCGCAUUCCCCAGAAAGCGCCCGCAUACGAUUCUCAAAUGACCCCCCCUCCCCAAACACACACACACACUCUGCUAACUUCACCAUUUGUGGCAGACAUUUGAGAAUGAUUCCCACUGAAGCCGCAGCGAAAAGUGAACAUUCAAGACAGACUGUGGAGUGCAGUUUCAUUUUUGCGCGAGCUCUAGGGCUGUACUUUCGCUAUUAACUCUUUUGUGUCAGUCGUCUGUUUGUCUGGAUUAUAUAUGGAGCGUGACGGAACGCUGAGAGGUUGGAAUUAAUGUGUCUCUCCAAAAAAGAGAGUGAGAGAGCGAGAUUGCGCACUGUAUGUUAAGUCAAGGCCAGUGGCUCACUGAGCGACUCUCUCAAAUAAAUCCCAGUGUGACUUUCCACUCCAGCGACGUCAUGCGCAGGUUAAGUGUUGUGAAUUCACUGUCUCCCUCACCUCUCCCUUUUAUUUUUUUCACCCCCCAGGCCUUCUCAUAGCUCACUCAACGCUACUUUUUGGGUGUUUUUCACCACCUCAUUACGACCUUCUUCUCUUUGCGCCCCCCCACCCCACCCCCCAC